ACACACACACACACACACACACACACACACACACACACACACACACACACACACACACACACACACACACACACAGACAAACAAAGAAAACAAACAAACAAACACACGCACGUACAGGAACAAAAAAAAAAGAAGAAAAGACUGAUUAGCACGCAUGUAACAUUCUUUGUCGGAUGCAGUGCAGCACCAGCUUGUCAGCCAAUUAUUCAGACUGUCGAGGUCGAAACAAACCCAUCAUUGCCGUUUCCUUUGAGGAGGGAGGCACUGUAAAUGAGAGUCUUCAAGUGGUUGGAAAUCGUGAUGGCCAGUCAUUGCAGAAUCCCAGCGUCACACAAGUGCACAAUAAUGGCGAGCGCGACAUCAUCACUGUGGCAGGGGAAGGUGAAGUAGGUGAGCGUGGGGGGGAAAGGGAGGGGGUGGCCACGACCUCCGCGCAAGAGGUACAACCAGUGAGAACUACUGACUUGAUCCAGAAAGACAGUGAAUUACGAACUAAGGGGGAGGCGGUGCGGACCACCACCACUCAAGAAGCCACUGACGACGAUGCCUCUGUGCUUCAUCGUGAUCCUGAUCGCGGUGGUGAUAAGAAGCGCCCGGUGGAGAAUGGCCGGAGAAGCAGCCUUGAUGAGGAUCUGAAUGGUCGUCCAGGAAACGACGAAAAAGGAGAAUCAUCAGACAACCUUGAUAAUCAGAUGACAGCUGGCAAUGAUGAUGAGCAGCGGGAGCGUGUGGAUGUAUUUAGCAUGAGUGUUGCUGACCGUGCUUCAACGGUUGGGUUACCAAUGAGUGUAGAUGGUCAUCAUCAUAGCAACAAUGGUGUUGUUGGUGGCACUGGCAAUGAUGAUGAUAAUAAUGAUAAUAAUGAUAAUAAUGAUAACGAUGACGAUGAAAAGGAGUAUAAUCGACAUGUCAAUCAUGGCAGUGAAGCGCAAGAAAAGAAGACUCAACAGGAACCAGUUUUUGAAGAGAACGAGUCACAACCAAUCCUGCAGCAAACUGCAGGGGAUGGAGGGGGGGAGGUUGAAAAGCGAUCUGCGGAUGUCGAUCCAUUCACAGAAGACGCUGACGUCAGCCACGUGGACGGCACCAAUCAACCCACAAAGGACGAUCUUGACCAUUCCGAGCACCAUAGCCAUGCUGGUGAUGAAGGUAGUGACAACAACGGCAAUGGCGUGGGUGACGGCGAGAAAUUAGAAAGUCGCAGGGAUUCGAACAGCGUUGCGGAUGGCGGUGACGAAGGCGGCAAGCACCGUGAUGAGGAUCGUGUUGCCAACAACGACCAUCAUGGCGAUGGUGAUGGACAUGGAGAUUCAACAGAAACCCAUCUUCUUCUACCGGAUAUCAGAGAAACCAUAGGAAGGGAAAGUCUGACUAACAAUGAGAAUACGAGAGAUGGUGGAGAAAUCAACGUCAACGGAAACGAUGACAAAGGAGUGCAGGAUUCCAUCGCUGAUGCAAAUGCUGAUCCUCGUGGAGAUUUGAACCCUGGUGAGCACGAGGAGGAUUCAACCGAUGGUAAGGGUUUGACUGAACUGGAGCAUUCGGACGGGCAACAUGAUGAAGGCCAAGAAGAAGAAACUGGAGGACAAGCAGGAUUAGCAGCAGCAGCAGGAGGAGGAGGAGGAGGAGGAGGAGGAGGAGCAGAAAGUGCAAAUGGAGGAGGAGGUGCAGAGGGAGACAAGGCGGUUGCGCGGAGUGGUGGUCGAAGUCAAACUUCGCAAUCUGAUGAUGACUGCAAGGACGUUUGGUCGCUGGCCGAUCAGGUCGGCGAAGUUCUUGCGUCUGUUAUCGGUCUUGUGGAGAAGCACCUACCUUGGCGUGGGACGAUACCGAGGAAAAUCGGUUUCGGGGUUCAUUCAGGUGCUCUUAUGGUGCUGGCUGAGCACAACCCCGGAGUGAAAGGAGCAAUGGGAGAGGUGGUGGAGUCUAGCAAGGACUAUGGAGAGAAGUUGGACCUGCAAACGUGCGCUGUUGUCGGCAACGGGGGUUCCUUGCUUCACAGUGGUCGCGGAUCGACUAUCAAUCAACAUACUGCUGUUUUCAGACUGAAUCAAGCGCCGACAGGUCCUUACGCUGAGGAUGUCGGAACGAAAACCAACAUACGCUUCCUGAACAAGAAGUGGACUUCGCGGUACGGGCGCCGAGAUCCAAAUACCGACUUCCUCCCCCUUGAAGAGGGGGUAGUGUUGUUGUCCGCAAGAGGGACUGACGACAGUAAGCGCAAACUUGGCUCCAGGUUUCAGGCCCAUCAAAAGGGUGCCAUUGUUGCCGUGUUAGAGCUUAAGGUGGCCAACGCCACGAGAAACCUCAUGCACGAGUACGAGCAGAGGACCGACUGUCUCGGUGGCUGGGGACAAAAGCAUCUUUCUUCUUGGCAGUCGCUGUACAUGCCGGAGGAGGAAAGAGAAGUGUUUGCCAGGGAGUUGGAAGUGAUAGAAGAUCCUCUGGAACGCCAAACAACAGAGGACGAAAAGAAGCUAGAGUGGAAGUUACGAAUGAUGAGGGAGAAGAAGAGGAGGAGGGAGGAAACCAACCGGGUGGCCAGAGAGGUAGAGAGGAUUCGCCCCGGCAGGCAAGAGGUGCAGACACAAGCAGAGGUCCUCGCGAAACUAGAUAAGAUUCUGGGAUACCUCGAGGUUCUGAGUGAGGCCUGGCUUGAGGAGCACCAGGCUAAUAAGGGUCAAGAUGUGACCCUUCAUGCCAUCCGAUCUGGGUUCAGAGAGUUUGCGCGCGACGUGGUAACCCACGUCGAGACCGAAGUCAAGAAGCUAAAAGAAGGCGCAAAGAAGUUCUGUGUCGGGGCCAUUGAGAGCGCCAAAGUAGUGGCCACAGCAGAGGCCGCGUCGCGUCCCCGCAAGGAGCCUGUAAAGCUCAAAUUUCCUGAUUCCUACAACGGGAAGAAGGAUGACAAUUUCGAUAACUGGGAGUCCCAUUGUCUGUAGUUAGCGAUAGAGAUAGCCGCUUUACGAGU